UUUUCCUUCGACGGUUCUUAACCCUUGUAAGCUCUCUUCCAAAGAUCGCCACACUGAAACUCUAGCCCUAGGUAAUUCCGAAGAGGCGAUCGAAUCCGUUUUUCCCCAUCUUAUCUUCGAUCUGAAUCCGUCGCGGCGCCCGAUCGGGGCCCCUGUCGUCGUUGCUCGAAUCUCCCCGGGUUUUCCCUCUUCCUUGUCGGCGAGAUAGGGUUUCAAGAAUCUGGGAAAUCUAGGGUUUUCGGGCAUGAGAUUGGAUGGAUGAAGGAUGCCGGAGCUCCGUAGUGGAGUGCGGAGGGGCCGAGCGCAGGCGAAUCCGAUAGUCCAGGCCGAGAGACCUACCGCCGCGAGGAGGAGGAGGGUGGCGAGGAACAAGGCGCUGCCGGUGGACAAGAACCUGGUGAACACGUCCGCUGAGCCAAGGGAGGAGAUCAGGCUUCUGGAGGGUGGGGACGAGGUCGGAGGUUUGGUUGGGGAGGAGAUUAAGGAAAGGUUCGGCGAGAGGAAGAUGGAUGACCAUGAUAGCGGGGCGAAGAGCGCUGAUAAGCUCCCCGGUGGGGAGGACGAGGGCAGCACGGCGCCUCUUCCCGAAAAGGUCCAGAUCGGGAAUUCUCCUGUGUAUAAAAUUGAGAGGAAGCUAGGAAAAGGAGGAUUUGGUCAAGUGUAUGUCGGUCGCCGUAUUUCAGCUACUAAUGCAAAUGAUAGGAUUACUGGUACCAGUGCUGUUGAGGUGGCAUUAAAGUUUGAGCAUAGAAGCAGUAAAGGAUGUAACUAUGGACCCCCUUACGAAUGGCAAGUUUACAACACUCUUGGUGGCAUUCAUGGUGUGCCACGUGUCCAUUACAAGGGUCGCCAAGGAGACUAUUAUGUCAUGAUUAUGGAUAUGUUGGGCCCAAGUCUAUGGGAUGUUUGGAAUAAUAAGUCGCACACAAUGUCCAUUGAAAUGGUUGCAUGUAUUGCUAUCGAGGCAAUCUCCAUACUGGAAAAGAUACAUUCCAAAGGGUAUGUGCAUGGGGAUGUGAAGCCCGAAAACUUCUUACUUGGGCCUCCUGGGACUCCUGAAGAGAAAAAACUGUUUCUUGUUGAUCUUGGCUUAGCCACUAGGUGGAAGGACCACUCUACAGGUAUCCAUGUUGAGUAUGACCAACGUCCAGAUGUUUUCAGGGGAACAGUGCGCUAUGCUAGUGCUCAUGCUCACCUAGGAAGAACAGCAAGCAGGAGAGAUGAUUUAGAAUCCCUUGCUUAUACACUAAUAUUUCUUCUCCGUGGCCGUCUACCAUGGCAAGGAUACCAGGGAGAGAACAAAGGUUUCCUGGUCUGCAAAAAGAAGAUGGCUACAUCUCCAGAUUCUUUAUGUUGCUUUUGCCCACAGCCCUUCAGACAGUUUGUUGAGUAUGUCGUCAACUUAAAGUUUGAUGAAGAACCUAAUUAUGCAAAGUGUAUUUCUCUCUUUGAUGGCAUAGUAGGUCCGAAUCCAGAUAUCAGGCCAAUUAACACUGAUGGCGCUCAAAAGCUUAUAUACCAGGUUGGCCAAAAGAGAGGUCGGCUGAUGUUGGAAGAAGAGGAUGAUGAGCAGCCAAAGAAGAAGGUUAGAAUGGGGAUGCCUGCAACACAAUGGAUUAGUGUUUAUAAUGCUCGGCGACCCAUGAAGCAGAGGUAUCACUACAAUGUUGCAGAUGGGAGGCUUGCACAACAUAUUGAGAAAGGAAAUGAAGAUGGUUUAUUUAUCAGUUGCGUUGCAUCUUGUACAAAUCUUUGGGCCCUGAUAAUGGAUGCAGGCACAGGUUUUACUGCUCAAGUGUAUGAACUGUCACCAAAUUUUCUUCACAAAGAAUGGAUAAUGGAACAAUGGGAGAAAAACUAUUACAUUAGUGCAUUAGCAGGAGCAAACAAUGGUAGCUCCUUGGUGGUAAUGUCUAAAGGUACACAGUAUGCACAACAAUCAUACAAAGUUAGUGAUUCAUUUCCUUUCAAGUGGAUAAACAAAAAAUGGAGAGAGGGUUUUUAUGUCACUUCCAUGGCAACUGCUGGGAGUAGAUGGGCAGUUGUCAUGUCCCGUAAUGCUGGCUUUUCAGAUCAGGUGGUUGAGCUUGACUUCUUAUACCCCAGUGAAGGUAUUCACCGGAGAUGGGAUAGUGGCUAUCGUAUAACUGCAACUGCUGCAACAUGGGACCAGGCUGCAUUUGUGCUGAGUGUGCCUAAGAGGAGGCCUGCAGAUGAAACACAAGAGACACUUAGAACUUCUGCUUUUCCUAGUCAGCAUGUCAAGGAUAAGUGGGCAAAAAAUCUUUAUAUCGCAUCAGUUUGUUAUGGCCGCACUGUUUCCUAACAUUCCCUGUUCUCUUUUGGGAUGAUGAAGGCUCAAUCCACUCAUGUUACAACCCCCCAUCCUGUUGAGUUGGACACCCUAAGAGCUUAAACUUUUGGAAAGGCAACUAUCCUAUAUUUUAAUGUGCAAAUUUGAACAUUACCAUCUCUGCUGUCAGCUAAAGCUAACAAUGGUGCAGUCUCACUGUCAAGUGUUGAAGAUGCCCUCACUUGUGCUAUCAAAUUUAAAUUGGAUGGUGGGCAUCCUUUAUUAUUGUUAAAUUUGUAUAGUGAAUGAACGUUUACUUGUUUAGUUACAACUCUCUUAUAUUAUUAGGAAGUAAUGUUACUUUUAUAUGACCAUGCAUUUAACCCAUGGCAUUGGUAAUCUUUUUUCUUUUCUUGUUCUGGGACUUCUAUCUAAUUUUUGGCUGACUCAAGUAUUGGGCAAAUUCCACAAGUAGUGAUUUUUUGCCUCCCAUAUCUUAAGAAUUAAUGUUUACAUCUUAAUUUGCUCAGUAUUUAUAAUGGUGUAUUUUUCCAUGUGCCUGUAAAUGUACUCAGAAUAUAACAAAGCCGACAAUUAUGAGGCAACAACAGGUAAGAGUGAACAUGUCAUUUUUUUCAUGGUGACGGCUCUCAUGAAUCACUUACAUCUACACAUGUUAUAACAAUAUCUUGGUGUCUGUGCACUUUUUAUCUCAUCAUCUGUGAAAUUCUUGUGAAAAACAUGUUUCUGCACAGAUUUUCAAAUUUCUGCCUUACCACAAUAAUCCAAUAGCUGCUUGAUUAGUUUCUUGUCCUCCACUUAUGAUCAUAGGUUAACUAAUGAUUUUACUUAUGCAUGGAAAUUUCCUUGUAGAUGGUAUCUUUGAUCAGGAAAAUGUACUCUAGACUGAUGUAUCUGCCCUUCAAAUGUAAAAUUAACAGGUUAUCGUCCCUGUUUUGUUGCAUCUUUCUUUUCUGGAUUUUAUUUUGUGCUAAUCUACUCGGUUUUAGAUGUUUAUCAAUUCUCAGCAGGUUCAAGUGAUUUCUUUUUGUACGGAUACUGCAAUCUUAAUUGUUGAGUUCCUAGAUGCUGAACAAAGUGAUUCUUUUUGUAUGGAUACUUCAACCUUAAUUAUCGAGUUCAUAGUGGAAAAGCUGUUUGAAUAUGGUGAACAGUGGCAUUUGUCAUUUUCUCGAUUCACUCUUGUAAAGGUAGUAGAUUUGGAAGUGGUGGAGGAAGCACUAAAAGAGUUACUUGCAUAUUGUGAUGGUCAUCUAUUAUAUCUAUUAUAUAUAAACUAAAAUGGAGGCUCGGCUUGUGCUAAGCUCUCCAAUCGCCAAACAGUAACCCAUAUUAAUGAUGUUAUUGCAGUUUUUUAUUUUGGAUAUCGGUAAGGCUCUUAUUCAAUAGUGUUCUUUAUUGUGAACUGUAUUGAUAAUUUUUUAUUAAUAUGAUUUUUUUAUUUUAGAUAAUAUGUUGGGUUCUUAUUUAAUGUUGUUUUUAUUUUGGAUAGUCUAUUAUAAAAAUCUGAAAUGACUAUGUUUAUUCAUCAAACUUCAUACUCUUGUAGGGAACUAAUCAUAUUCAUCAAAAUUUUGUUGCUCUUAAUAAGUUUAUAAAUACCUUUCCUCUUGAUGAAUAAAAUUUUUAUUUUUGAUGAAUGAUUCUCUUAUUAGCACAUUAUUUGGUGUUAUAAUAGUUGGUUUGAUGUCAAUAACAACCAUUAUUUUCAUUGGUAUAAUUUUUAACUUUUUUUUUUAAGUUCAAUUUUUUGUAUCAAUUUUCCACUCAAGGAAAUUGUAUAGUUCGAGAAAUAAUAUUUUUAUGCUAUAUUGUAUUUGAAGAAAUGUUGGAAAAAGGGGGCCAAAAACUUUGCCAUGCUCGUUGCGCAGGUUGUAUACUAGUUUAAUAUAAAAAUCCAAUACGCAACACAUAUUGUGAUGGUAUGCUUUGAAGUUUGGGUAUGCAAUGCAUAUUGUGAUGGUACGCUUUGAAGUUUGGCUUCAUUGCCAACGAGGAUAUUUAACUAGUAACCAAAAAUUCAAAUCAAUAAGAAUCCAUAAACUUGUUUAUUUAACUAACAAAAAUUCUUGAGAAUUAACACUGAUGGAAGUUCAAGUAUUAUGGCGCCUAAAUUUUGGUUGGUAAUGACUGUUCUUGGUGGGAGGAUAAUGUUUAUAUACAUGGUUGCUACCCAGGAGCAUAAUUCUGAACUGAUUGUGUAGUAGCAUAUUUCUUUUCGCAGGUUUAUGCAUAUAUUAUAUUAUAAUAUUAGUUCAUCUGGUGGCAUCCAAAUUUGACUCUGUUCUUACUUACAGGAUACUUCAAUCUGCCAAUGGAGAAGCACAUAUUGCUGCAACUGUUUCAGUGCUUCUGUCAAUCAGGUUGUGUUGGUUUCUCCACUAGCUGCAAAUCACAAAAACACGAAUCUCGUCCAGGUUAAAAUUCCUGGCAUUUCUGCAGGUUCUACAUUUUUUUGUGCUGAUUUUGACAUUUUCUCGAAGCAUCAGGCGAGCAUUUAUAGUUUACUGUUUUGUGAUUUCCAAUCACAUGGCUUGCUUGAAGGUAAUGUGUGUAUCACAGACUCCUGUUUUGGGGGCAAUGUUCGAGCUGCGAAAGCUUGGAAAAGAUCGCCAACAUGGGAGUAAAAGCCUGGUGCAUUGAGAACCAGUAAAAUGUCUAUGGAAGGUUCUUGUGGAGAUGGUCCGUUUUAUGAGGACUGAUGGUCCGUUGCAAGGGAUGAUCACACGACCAUCUGCUGCAGAAUGGCGCCCUAGUGACCUGUGGGACGGGGGUGCCAUGUUAUGUCACAGAAGGAUAUCAACAUGUUUUAGAUCAACUAGUGCAUAUAUGUGGUUUUCGUCUGACUGGGCGAAGCCCACGUUCUCAAAAAACGGACGUGUGAUUUCCUGUGGGAGAAUAUUAUCUUUUGAUGGUUGGCAGCGUUGCGCAUCUGAAGCCCAUGGUUCUCAAUCGGCAGGACUUGGAACGGAUGUGUAGGUUUCCUGGGGAACAUGACAAAUUUGUAGCAAGCUUUCUUGCGUCAUCUGAGGUCAUGGCAAUCGCAGGUCAGCUACCGGGGAACGGUAGUGAUUACGUCUUUCUCCA